AUGUAUCCUCCAGCGCGAUCUCCCGUCGCCCACGGCGGUCAGUACCUGUCUCCAGCCUUGCAACCCUCUACUGAAUCUCCCUAUUUUGGUGGCAUUCACGAUCCACGGUCUUCAUCUACCCAGUCGCUUGGACUUGUCAAGUCAGCCAGUGACGAGCGGCGGACCUUGCUCAUUGUCUAUAUCCAUGGAUUUCUGGGCGACGAAACUAGUUUCCAGAGCUUCCCGGCGCAUGUCCAUGGUCUGUUGACGCGUGCAUUGGCACAGACCCACGUCGUCUACACCAAGAUCUAUCCCCGAUACAAGUCUCGUGAGAACAUCACCGUUGCCCGGGAUGCUCUCAGCAACUGGCUCGCCCCGCAUGAAGCUGAAUCGACUGAUAUCGUUCUAGUUGGGCACAGCCUGGGUGGUAUUCUCGGUGCUGAAGUGGUCCUGCUUCCCUCAGACAAUGAGCUGGAUAGCCACGUCCUUCGGCAUCGGAUUCUAGGACUCAUUGCAUUUGACACGCCAUUCCUUGGUAUGCACCCUGGCGUUGUGACCACAGGUAUUGCGAGCUUGUUUCGAGCUCCUGCUCAACUGGAAGGAUCCCCGCCGCCUGAUCCCACUCUGUUUCCCGAUCCUUUUGCAAUGCCGCAAGACCCGACCUACAACCCCUCUUAUGCGAACGAUGUUCUGCUGGCUAACAGGAAGGGCAAGAUUCAGAAGGCUUGGUAUUUCUGGAACAAACAUGCCGGGGAGUUGGCAAAAGCUGCUAGAAACUACGUGUCUUCCCACCUCGAAUUCGGCGGCUGCCUCGCCGAUUAUAUGGGUUUGAGGAAGCGGUACCGCGCGAUUCGUGCCCUGGAAGAUGUGCAAGAGAUCAUGAAACCUCGAGCAUCCAAUGGACGUCUCAUGAAGCGAGUGAGGUUCGUGAACUACUAUACUGCAAGCACAGGACCGGUAAAGGAAAGGCCACCAGAUCCAGUUGAGACGUCGCUCACGGAAACCGGAGUCGAGCAUGUAAAGCCAACUUCAAAUGGCAGCACACAAAGCGGCAAGGGGGCCGCGUCCGCCAGUCCGCGAUUGUCUAUGGAAGAAUAUCGGAAUAGCGAGAUGCUUGUCGAGGACAUUGCACAACUUGACAUCAACACAGACUCUACAGACCCUGCGCACGAUUCCACAGUACCCUCCACCGAUGCGAACGCACUUGAUCUCGCGGCUUCUGGGCAGAAUGAUGGCGGAGACGCGGAUGCCAUCAACGAGACUGCACUUCAAUCUUCCAUACUCGAGCAGUCUCUUGGGUUUAGCCAGGUCGAUGGCAGCCCGAAAACGCCCAAGGAGGAUUCUGGAUGGGACACCAAGCCGUCCGAGGGGACCGAGGGUGUAGUAGAAGGUCGAAUGGAAGACGACAAGGACCAUCUCCAAGCAGGAGCAGAGGCUGCUAAGCAACAGGGAGUACAAGACAUUCUUGCUGACGAGGAACAAUCGACGAACUUGACUGCUGAGAACGGGGAAGAGCACCCGAGUCUUGAUGUGCAAGAGACACAUACAAUCAAGAAACAGAAAGACCGAAAGUUUUGUGCCCUCCCGGCAAAGGAUCGCCAGACCGGUGAGCGUGAUCAUACCUGGGUAAGGGUGCAUAUGGAAGGUAUUGAUGAAGUAGUGGCACACACCUCCUUAUUCAAUAUCGGAGAGACAUACGCAAAGCUGGUUGGCGAUACCGUCGAGAGAAUUGAGAGCUGGGUGGCAGAAGAUGCGUCAACCCGAUUUAUUCUCGCGGAGCUGGACAACGAUAUAUAG